AUGUAUACUACUUCUUCCAAUAGCUAUGACGAUGGCAUCUCAUCAGCAAUCCACUCGGUAAUUUCGAAGUUCGGCCAGCCACCGCUAGCCGGGACAACGAUUGGAAACCAGUCACGAUUGGAUGCGUCUCCUGACACGGUGCUCGCAAUGGUGCUAGAUUCUAUGGUCAAGGCACGACCAAUCUCUCACAGUCUGACUCAAAAGACCGUCAAACAUCUGCUCGACGAGGGUUAUCAUCACAUCGACAUACUCGCCACUACAACAUGGGAAGAACGCACAAAUACACUGAGAGAAGGAGGUUAUAAUCGGUAUCGGGAGCAAUGCGCGACCUACAUGGGUGGCCUUUCAGAUAUUGUUUCAAUUAAAUAUGAUGGAGACCUUAAAAAUUUGCUGGAGACUGCACAUGAGGAUCGGGAAGAGGUCCGCGGCCUAAUGAUGGAGUUCAAGGGGAUAGGAGACUUGGGAUUGGAACUCUUUUUCAACAAUGUGCAGAGUGUUUGGCCAUCGAUUGCCCCUUUCCUCGACUCACGAAGCCUGCAGACUGCCGAGGAGAUUGGUAUAGGUCGAGACUUGGAUGCUAUCUAUGGGGCUCUGGGCCAGGAGCCCGAGAAGAUGAGCCUGCUUGCGAACGGUCUAUCAAAGGUACGUCUAGAAAAGAAACAAAUUUAA